CUCCUCAGCCUUCAGUCUGGUCUAGGCGUGCAAGAGGCAGCAUGUGUGAGUAUGUGCUGUGAUGUGUGUGUGUAGGAGUGUGCUGGAGUGCAGGAGACGUCUUAUUGAUGCAAGGAUUCCCCUGUCUGAGAGGACACGUGCUGACUGUGUUUUAACCACCACAGGGAAUUAACUGUUACACACACAGGUGUGGAGCACAAGUAAAGGGCAAACUGACACCGCCGUUUGAGGAUGUGUGGAGGAUCAUGUGGCCGGUGAAAGACGACACCGCAGUGAUGUGGGGAUGCUGGUGAUGCGGCAGCUUAAGCACAGUUGAAUCAUGGGAAACGUGGAGAGUCAGAAUGGGGACAGUGGUUUCUACGGCGAUGUGACGGGACAACUCUCCCGUAAGCACACGUCCCGCUCGCUCCGUCUCUCCGGCAAGCAGCCGAUCACCCGCCGUUCGCGGCACUCUUCUUCAGUGAAACAGGAACACAGAAACUCCGAAGCCUCAACUCGAUCCUCCAGCACGCCCAGCAUCCCGCAGUCGUUAGCAGAGAACGGACUGGAACCUUUCAACGCCACCGAUGCGUUUGGAGAGUUCGGCAUCAACCCUCACUGGACACAGCGCGUUGCUAUGACAAUGAGGCCAGAGUCCUAUCAGCAAGACGACGACCCCCUGGCCACUCCAACUCCUGAGACCUCGGAGGCGGACACUGUUGCUCAGGAUGGAGGAGAGGACUCUAUGGGCGAGGGGGAGGGAGACGCCGUUCGAGAGGAAAGGUACCUCCAGCGGAUGACAGAGGGCCCCCGAGAGGGAGGGAGUUUUAAAAAGAAGCGAUCGAAGUCGGCGGACAUGUGGAGAGAAGACAGCCUGGAGUUCUCUUUGUCUGACCUGAGUCAGGAGCAUCUGACCAGUACUGAGGAGAUGAUAGAUGGAGGAGAAGAGGAGGAGGAGGAGCAGUUCACACACCCCAGUUCAGGCUCAGCUGAAAGGGCAUCGUCUCUGGACCAUCUGUGCAGCCAGCAGAGUCCCGGCCUCAGGGGGCAGAGGAGCCGCUACGCUAAAAACCGGAGAGAAGCCGAGUGUGAUGGAGAUGGAGAGAGGGAGGAAGGGUUGAUGUCUCCAACAGAAGAGGAUGGCGGCGGGUAUGGGGCUUUCACGCUCCCCUGCCGGCGAUCCCACUGCCUGUCUGAGGGCUUGGCGGGGCUGGGCAUCCCGGUCACACCGUGCCCUGCUUUCCAGGGACGCCGCGCACAAACUACUCAGGACAUCUCUGGUGUUUUGGGCGAAGGAAGUGAGUAUGGCGACAGUGGCAUUGAUGGCGUCACGACGGAGAUAGACGGGGACGGAGAGUUGGUGUCACGGCGCUGCAAGGCCAUGUCGGCCUCUUUCUCAGUGUACUCAGCCACUGAGAGCAGUGUCUUCAACGGCAGCGACAGCGGAAGCAGCAGCGCAGGGGGAGGAGAAGGAAGAGGUGGCGAAGGAGGAAGGGGAGGAGUGUAUGAGAAUUUCCGGAAGGAGUUGGACAAUCAAGCCUGGGCACAUCAGGGUCGGGACUGCACGGAGGAGGCUGGCUCCGCUGUGAGUGAUGAGCAGAGCAGCGGCACACUCAGCAGUGCAUAUCCAUCGGACGCUCUGAUCGGCUGUGCACAAGGCACGGUCAGGAAAGCAGGGGCUCUGGCUGUGAAGAACUUCCUGGUUCAUAAGAAAAACAAGAAGGUGGAACCUGCAACGAGACGCAAGUGGAAACACUACUGGGUUUCUCUGAAAGGCUGCACCCUUUUCCUGUAUGAGUCAGAUGGCCGUUCAGGUAUCGACCAUAACAGUGUUCCUAAACACGCGUUGUGGGUGGAGAACAGCAUUGUCCAGGCCGUACCUGAACAUCCCAAGAAAGACUUUGUCUUCUGCCUCAGCAACUCAGUGGGAGACGCUUUCCUUUUCCAGACGUCAGGCCAGACAGAACUGGAGAACUGGAUCACGGCGAUCCACUCUGCAUGUGCCGCUGCUCUCGCCCGGCAGCACCAUAGGGAGGACACAGUGCGACUGCUGAGGACCGAGAUCCGCAAGCUGGAGCAGAAGAUCGACAUGGAUGAGAAGAUGAAGAAAAUGGGAGACAUGCAGCUGUCCACCGUCACCGACGCCAAGAAGAGGAAGACCAUACUGGAGCAGAUCUUCUUGUGGGAGCAGAACUUGGAGCGGUUUCACAUGGAUCUGUUCCGCUGUCGGUGCUACCUGGCCAGCCUGCAGGGCGGCGAGCCCCCUAACCCCAAACGCCUGUUGGGCUUCGCUUCACGUCCCACCAAACUGGCCAUGGGACGACUGGGCAUCUUCUCUGUUUCUUCCUUCCAUGCACUGGUGUCGGCCCGUACAGAAAACAGCAUCAGGAGGCGAAACCAGGCCAUGCCGCGUACCUUCAGUAAACGUCGAAGCCGUUUCUCCUCCCUCUGGGGGCUGGACACCACCUCUAAGAGGAAGACCAAGGGACAUCCCUCCAUUAACCAGGUAUUCGUUGAUGGCAUGGAGCCUGUGAGAAAGCCCCUGGAGCGCAUGUUUGAAGACUCCGCCAGUGAGAAAUCUAAAGAGAGAGAAGGCUCUGUAAAAAGUCUUCCUCAGCAGAACGUAGACAGCGACAUUUGGGUUCCUGAUUACCUGACUCCCUCCUGGGUGUGUCUGCCGAACAAUCAGCCCGUCCUGGCCAUCAUACAGCCUGGUGAGACAGUGCUGGAAGUCCUGAGCGCCAACUGCAAGACCCAUAAGUUAGACCCAUCCAGCCACUACCUGCGUUUGAAAGUAUGGGUUGAUAACCAAAUGCUCUUGUAUGUCCCCAAACUUGAAGACGACAUCUCUGAUCUGCUCUACAAAGAGAUCGAGAUUUGCCCUAAAGCUACCAAGGUGAUCCGGUUUGACAACACUGAGUCCUGCUCCAUCGGAUAUGGUUUUUCUGUGGCUGUUAUAGAUGAAGAUGGGACACAGCAGCUCCAUAUUACUGAGGUGAAAGCAGGGGGACUGGCCUCAGCCAAAGGUUUGAAAGCAGGGGAUGAGAUCCUGUUGCUGAAUGGUAAACCUGCAUCUGCCCUGCAGAUGGAUGAUAUGAGGGCUGCAUUUGUAAACCAAGCGUUGACCUUGACCAUCAGCACCCUGCCCCAGCUGGACCCUCGGGUGCUGUGCUCCGUUCCACCCCGGCGCUCCGAUGGGGAGCAGGAGCCAGCCACAGACAUCUUCUCCCAGAGCCAGGAGGACAUCCUGGACGAGGUGUCAGGGUUGACAGUGGAGAGCCCAGAUGAUACUUUGGAGGAAGCACCCCGGCUGACCUUGCAGAGCCCCGGAGAUCAUCAGGAAGACAAAACCUGUGCAGGGACUGGACAGAAGAGUACGGAGCAGGUCACUGCUUUCUGCCGCAGUCUCCAUGACAUGAAUCCCCUGGAGUGCCCAAUGUCAUGUUCCUCAUCGUCGUCUUCAUCAUCCCUCUCGCCAAGCCCCGUGUCAGCUUUACCGCCCACAGCAGGAACUGCCACCCAGAGACAGCUCUCCCAUGCAGACAAACUUCGCAAGGUCAUCAAUGAACUGGUGGAGACAGAGAAGACUUACGUCAAGGACCUGCGCUGCCUAAUAGAGUGCUACUUGACACCUUUGCAGAAAGAGAGCUUCCUCACACAGGAUGAGCUGGACGUUUUGUUCGGUAACCUCGGGGAGAUGGUGGAGUUCCAGGUGGAGUUUCUCCGGACGCUGGAAGAUGGAAUCAGACUGGUGCCAGAUCUGGACAGACUGGAAAGGGUAGAGCAAUUUAAGAAAGUGCUGUUCUCUUUGGGUGGUUCAUUUCUGUAUUACGCCGAUCGCUUCAAGAUCUACAGCGCCUUCUGCGCCAGCCACACCAAGGUCCCAAAGGUCCUGGCCAAAGCAAAGACUGACCCGGACUUCAAGGCUUUCCUUGCUGAGAGGAACCCCAGACAGCAACAUUCAUCCACCCUGGAGUCUUACCUGAUCAAACCCAUCCAAAGGGUCCUGAAGUACCCACUGCUGCUGCGGGAGCUUUACUCUCUCACUGACCCUGACAGUGAAGAGCACUACCACCUGGAUGUUGCAAUGAAGGCCAUGAACAAGGUGGCGAGUCACAUCAACGAAAUGCAAAAGCUUCAUGAGGAGUACGGAGCUGUUUUCGACCAACUCAUCAAUGAGCAGACUGCAGACAAAAAAGAGGUGGCUGACCUCUCCAUGGGGGAUCUUUUGUUACAUUCCACAGUGGUGUGGAUCAACCCACCAGCCUCUUUGGUCAAGAGCAAGAAGGAUCCUGAUCUGGCUGCUUUUGUGUUCAAAACAGCAGUUGUGUUUGUCUACAAAGACUGCUCCAAGCACAGGAAAAAAAUAGGUGGAUCUCACCGCGUGUCUGUGAGCGAUGACAAGGAUCCUUUCCGUUUCCGUCACAUGAUUGCAACAGACUCUCUGCAAGUCCGUGCCCUUGCAAACUCUGAGGGUACAGCAGUGUGUGAGAUAGUUCACACAAGAUCUGAGUCUGAAGGAAGACCAGAGAGAACUUUCCAGUUGUGCUGCAAUUCCCCAGAUAGUAAGAAGGACUUCCUGAAAGCAGUCCACUCCAUCCUUAGGGAGAAGCAGCGUCGCCAGCUUCUUAAGACUGAGUCUCUGCCACCCAACCAGCAGUACGUCCCAUUCGGGGGCAAACGCCUGUGUGCCCUCAAAGGGGCACGGCCCACCAUGAACAGAGCAGCUUCAGCUCCGUCUCGAACGCUGGCCCGCAGGAAGCUGGUGAGGAACCGCUUCACCAUUGAUACCGACCUGGUUUUCCAUGGCAACAACAACAACAGCAACGAUCCUGACCCCUCUCACCACCCUUCCUACCCUUCCUCCUGCUCACCGCUGUUCCAGCAUGCCCUCCUCCAAACCCACAAACCUCAAGGAGAGGACACGGACCGUUGGGUGGAGGAGCAGUUCGACCUGGGCUGCUAUGAAGACCAGGGAGAGGGCAUUGACGUGGGGCAGGUGAAGGAGACAGACAUUUUAAGUGACGACGACGAGUACUGCAAGUCAGUGCGUGCUGCAUCUGCGGAGCCGGCCGACCUGGAGGGGAAGAUGGAAGGACUCGACCUAGAGGGUGGAGAGACAAGGAGCCACAACCUGAACAGACGGGCAGAGGCUAGAAGUGAGAUCAUACAGGGUGUGAAGCAGGAGUCCGUAGACUCCUUCACCUCAUGCGGCGUCUCUCUGUCCCACUGUGCGACCCCGACUUUAAAGCUCGCUCCAUUGAAACAGUGUGCCGUGGAGGGGGCCACAAACAAUGACCAUGACGUCAUCUGGGUGCGACGGGACGACUUUGCUAACGGGUGCAACAGUGACGUCUUCUGAAUUCAUAACAGACCAUGAGAUGAAGACAGGAGACAAAUGGUGGUUUCUUUCACUUUUCACUUCUUACAUAAAGUAAAAGUAGAAGAAAAUGGGGGAUAGAGUGGAUACAAGCUUUAAAUAUGUAGAAGGUGAAGGAAAACACUUGUAUAGAAGGUAUUAAACCUCAGCCAGUCCUCCCUGUGUGACUAUACAACCCUCUUCUUCCCACCUCACCUGUAUCUCGCCCAUUCAGACAAUCCUAAAGUACUGAAACACCAAGUGAGAAAGGAAAAAAAAAUGGUACUCUGCUUCAUUUGAGACCUAGAGCUUCUCAUCCCGAGCUGCUUAAAAGUGAACUAGAGAAGAGAGAAUACAGAGUCCUCACUGUCUUGGACAUACACCCAGGCAUUACACACACCUGUGGAAUUGUACGUGAACGUAUGAACAAGACAGCACUGCAUGUACACGCAAAUAAAGCAAGCAAACGUGUGUGUGUUUGUACACUGUAAGUGCAUAUAGUACACAGAAGCACAGACACAGAGACUCUAGGCAGCUACUGUACCACGCACACAUUGUACUGAAGAGACAUCAUCACUGAACUGUGACCUUCUGGCCAAAAAUGUCUAUUUUUCAACACAGGAAUGUGGGUGUUAUAUUUUUUCUGACUCUGAAACUGUGUUUGUAUUUUCAACACUCAAGGGCUGCGUGUUACCGAACUUCUCUUCAGGGGCUUUUGGCUUAAUGACUGCUGUGUAAAAGGUGGUGAGAUCCAACUAGCUUUAUUGUGCUUUUUAUUGUUUUAAAUUAAUAUCAGCUGCACAUCUGUGUAUAGUCAGGGGUACAGUAGAGUGCCGUUAACCUCUUGUAUAAAAAUGUUUUGAAGCUCACUUUUGUCUCUUAGAAUUUCCUUUUAAAAAAAUAGUUUGGACAACAGAUAGUCUACCAAGUCUUUAUUUAAUUAUUGCCUUUUAACUGUAAUUUUUAAUGUUUACACCACAUUCAGCUGUCCAGUGUUACAAACCACCUUUUGUGUGUUUGGUGCCAGAAGCAGGCUUUAUAUGAGAGCCAGCACUUGUGUCCUUCACAUGAAUGUCCAGUCUUUACUUUUUUUUUGUUGCUUACAUAAUUUGACAUUGUUACUUUGAUAACCAAGUCAUUAAGGUCAUCGAUAUACUGGAUCCCUUUUUUCCUCCAGAGGCCAUACUCUCCUCCAUGCUCCAUGUCCUUGAUAAAUAGCUUAAUAUUUCCUACAACAAUCCUGUUUUACUUGAAUUUUCUUUGUUCUUUUGAAAACUGGUAUCCAACACAGCCAGGGUUAGUGACUGUACUGUAACUCCAAGGAGAGGAGCAAUCAUGCAGUCGUCCUCUGACCGAUUCAGACAUCUUCUCCUGCUCCCUCCGGCUCCUUUGACCUUUUAUCGUGUCAAAAAGCAUCACAGCUGCAAAGAAACUGGCCGAGACAGAUUUCACUCCCUGCUGGAUUUCCACCACCUCACCCCUCCUGCCUUUAUUCCCCUAUCCACCAGGCUGUGCUGUUUCACUGUAUGUCAUCACAACACACUCUUGCUGAGAUCAACACAGUCAUCGCACCUUAAUGGAUGUAUUGAACAUGCACUUAAUAACCAACUGUGGAAGGGUGUGUGUGGAGGAGGGGGGGAUCUGCGAGUUCAGUGAGUGUGGAGGGAGUUAAUACACUUUGGAUGUUCUUAUUAUUGUGUUUUUAUUAUGACGCUGGUCUCGUAGAUUUUAGCUUACCGGGUGAUGACGCCCAGUAAGGACGUUCAGACUGUGAGGUACAAUCACCUGGCCUUGGAGGCAAAUCCUGUGAGAACCCCCUUUGACUCCUCCCUUUGUACUAAAACUGUGUUCGUACAUUAAAAACUGUGGAGUAUUAUCAUUUUUAUGUCCAAAAUAAAUUUUCUAAAUUUA